AUGGAUCAGCCUAAUCAAACUAUACCUACUCAAUAUGUCAUGAAUGAUGUUGGUUCAGCAGCAACAACUGAAGUUGUUAGACCAGAAUUAGUUAAUACCCAACCUACAAAGAAGAGGAAAGCUAUUGCAAGUGGUUCUAGGCAAUCAUCUGCUUGUUGGGAGCACUUUAUUAGAUUACCAAAUGACUUAGUUGAUACACCAACUGCAGCUUGUAAACACUGCCACAAAAAAUACCUAUGUGACCCUAGGACUCAUGGCACCACCAAUAUGAACCAUCACAUUUUAAAAUGUGCAAAGAAGCCUAGAACCACUGAUCCCACCCAAACUAUUCUUACAUACCCCUCUGUAGAAGGAUCUAGUUUGGGUCAUGUUAGCUCCAAAUUUGACAAGCAAGCUUGUAGAAAAGCUUUGUCAAUUUUUGUGGUUCUAGAUGAACAACCAUUUAGUGCAGUUGAGGGGGGAGGUUUUAAGUACUAUUCUAAAGUAAUGCAGCCCCAAUUUACUCUCCCAUCUAGGCGUACAGUAGCUAGAGACUGUUUUCAGCUACACUUGGAUGAGAAACAAAAACUAAAAGCCUUCUUUAAGUCCGACUGCAAUAGAGUAGCACUUACUACUGAUUGUUGGACUUCUAUCCAAAAUCAAAACUACUUAACCCUUACGACACACUUUGUUGAUAACGAAUGGAACUAUCAAAAAAGAAUUAUAAGCUUCACAGUUAUUCCAAACCAUAAGGGUGACACGGUAGGUAGGAAGAUUGAAGAGGUGUUAAGGGAUUGGGGAGUUAGGAUUGUGUCUACCAUAACUGUUGAUAAUGCAACUUCAAAUGAUGUAGCUGUAGCAUAUUUGCAUAGAAAAAUAUCAACUAUGAAUGGGAUGAUGGGGGAUGGAAAAUGUUUUCAUACGAGGUGUGCUGCUCACAUAUUGAAUUUGGUGGUAAAUGAGGGUUUAAAAGAUAAGCAUUUGUCUAUUACUAGUGUUAGGGAUGCUGUUAGAUUUGUCAAGUCCUCACCUCAUAGGGCAGCCAAGUUUAAAGAAUGCAUUGAAUUUGCUGGAAUAACUUGUAAAAAACUAGUAUGUCUCGAUGUUUCAACUCGUUGGAACGCGACAUAUUUGAUGCUUGAGGCUGCAGAGAAGUUUCAAGCUGCUUUUGAUAAGCUUGAGUAUGAAGAGUCGAGCUAUAGGGAGUUCUUUGGAAAAGGUAGUCCUCCUAGUAGUGAUGAUUGGGACAUUGUUAGAGCUUUUAUCUAUUUUUUAAAGUUAUUCUAUGAAGCAACUAAUGUUUUUUCCACCUCUCAAAGUGUGAGUUUGCAUAGUGCUUUUCACAAAGUGUCUGCGAUCUAUUGUGAGCUAAAGCAAGCUACUAUGAACUUGAAUGGUGUUUUUGCAAGUGUGGGUGGGGACAUGAUGGAAAAGUAUAAUAGAUAUUGGGGGUGUGCUAGUAAGAUGAACAAGUUGAUUUAUUUUGGAAUUAUUUUAGACCCAAGAUACAAGUUGAGUUAUAUUGAGUGGACUUUUAAGGAUAUAUAUGGAGUUGGAUAUGUGUUUGCUACUGGGUUGAUCAAAUUUAUAAAAGAGAGCUUACAAAAAUUGUAUGAUUGGUAUAAGCAAGCUUAUGACCAAAAUCAUAAUAGACAACCUCUUGGUAGUGGUGAAAACAAUUUUUCCAAUGAUGAAACAAUAGUUGGCCGUCCUUCACUAAUGGCUAGAGCCGAUGCUUUUGAGCAACAUUUAGAGGAACAAGACUCGAUUGAUCAACAAAAUGAGCUUGAGGGUUUUUACUCUAGUAAGUGUGUCAAAAGGGAUCCUAAAUUUGACCUUCUUGUGUGGUGGAAACACAAUUCAACACAAUAUCCUAUUUUAUCUAUAAUAGCUAAAGAUAUUUUUGCCACACCAGUGUCUACGGUUGCAUCAAAAAGUGCCUUUAGUACAGGAGGGAGAGUCUUAGAAACUUAUAGGAGCUCCCUAAAACCUGAAAUGGCAGAGGCAUUAAUUUGCACCCAGAAUUGGUUAAAGCCGUCUUUUACCUAUUUCAAAGACUUGAACCUCAUGGAAGAUUUUGAGCUUUCUGAAGAUAUUAUAGCAGAAUUUGAAGAAAUUUCUUCAGCAGCAAGAAGAGGAUCUUUACCGUUUCAGCCACAACCUUCUGUUGGUAAUGUCAUGGUCGGUUGUCCAAUAGAACAUUUUGAGGCCAUGCAGGAACAACUUGGUAAAACUGUGACGAUACGCUAUAUAGCCAGGAUCAAUGGAUACAUUUUGCUGAAAAUGAUGCAGUUGACCAAGACCUUCAAAAUUGAUGUGUGUUUACUUUAUAUCGGUGAGAGAGGAAUGCAUGUUGAAGAACUAGAAAGAGAGCUCAAGUUAUUAUUGGAUAGGAUCAAGUUGUCUGUAAAAGCUCUUAAAGAUGAAGGUAUGUGGUCGAUUCAGAUGCGUGUGUUGUUUGGAGCUCAAAACGUUCUUGAUCUCGUCAACGACGAUUAUGUUCCGACUGAGGCGGAUGUGACGGAAGCACAGAGAAACGCACAAAGAGAAACGAGGAAGAAAGAUCAAAAUACGUUGUUCUACAUCCAUUAG